UAAUAUUUUGAAGAACAUAAUUUUGCCUCAAUUUCUUACAGAAUUUAGGUCCUCUCUAGCUUAGCAUGUCUUGAGUUCAAUUUUAUUUAUUCUUUUGCCUGUUCUAUGCAAAAUAACUCAAGAUUAGGACCAAAAUGUUUAAUUUUAAUCUCAUCUAGCCAAUUAUCCUAACUGCAUGAGCCAGCCAUCAUCUUGUGUCACCAUGGGGCUAGUGUGGCAUGACUAAUAUGUCUAUGCACAAUAUCCCCACCUGAGCUGUGAUUCUCUGCAGCCCCUCCAGAGUUACUAUGGACCUGUUGGCCGCUUAAGACUCCUCUCACAUGGGCCUCUUAAGCAUUCACAGAACAUCCGGACUUAUACUAAAGUAUUAUUAUUAACUGAUGCAGUCCAUAUACUAAUUUAGUGACAUUUUAUUUAGGGGGAGCAGAGCAAAGAUGAACUGUUACAGAUGCAUGCCAGACUUGCAGGUUUUGAAAAUGGCAUAAUUUUACUUCCACUUUAUACUUAAGUGCUUAAGAAAAUACACUGGCGUAAUGGUUAUUUAAUUCAAAACUCUUCAUACAUCAUCAAGUGAACACACCUCUGAUGUCAUCGGUUUGAUUUGGAGCCAAGGUGGAUGCGGGACCCAGAGUCAGGGACUGACAACUAGCUCAGAGUUUGAUCUAACAGAGAUGUCAGAUUUUGAUUACUCUCACCUUCAGCACCUCAACCAGUCGCAAGUGGAGCCUGGGCUUUCAGACGACUCUGAUACCAGUCCAUCCUCAGCUGUAGUAGUGGUUCAAAGUGCCACUUGUUCUACAGGGAUUUCCCCCAACACGUCUAGUCAAGCCAUUGACUUGUCAACUUCAACCUCAAAUGAUGACCACAAUCUUGUAAUGCCAGGGGAAAAGACUCCUGUGUUUUACGGUGAGGUUCCAAGUUUUGUGCUGGCCAGAAUCAGAGGUGAAGAAAGCCCAAUCAAGAUGACCGUCAAAGAGGAGUUUUCCAAGAACCGAUCCAUAUCAGCUGCAAGAGUGUGUCUGGAGAAAAGAUUCAACAGCAUGUGUGCCGACACCACAACGCAGCCGGAUAGCCACUCUGCUGUUCUCAGCAAUCUUUUGACAGUAUUUGAACACUCAGCAGACGCUCAAGAGGCAUCCACACAUCCUCAGACACAAAAGUGGGUGAAAGCUGACCGAGCAAAUUCUUUUAAGCUCUCUAACUCUCAUGUCGGAGGUGUUUUCGAACCGAUAACCAAUGUCUUUGGGCAGGUUAUUGCACACAUGGCUGAGCCCAACAUACAUCAGGGUUUAAUAAUGCCCCCCAGUUUUUCAUUUAGCUUUCACCCUGAGACCUCUGUGAUAAAAACCGUCUACGCUGACAGCAGUAACCCCAGAGAAGAGCAGGAGUUGAUGUUCACGGAAAAGGAUGUGGUGCCUCAUGCUGUCUACAGAGGGCAUUGCAGCAGCUUGUGCCCUGAACCUCCCAAAGCUGCUAAAACUGCUCCAAAAACAUCCAAGAAGUCCAGGAGGGGCGGCUGCAAAAGAGCCCGACCUUCAUUGUCACUGACCCAACGCAAGGAGAAACACAACAGCAAAGAGAGGGAGCGCAGGAAGAGGAUCCGCUCCUGCUGUGAUGAGCUGAACACCAUGGUGCCAUUCUGUGACUCAAACACAGACAAAGUCACAACGUUACAGUGGACCACAGCUUAUCUAAGAUACAUCAAAAAAAUGUAUGGAGACAGCUUCAAGGAGGAGUUUCAGAAGGUCUUCAAUAAUGAGAGAGAGCGGUUUUUAAAGUCCAGCCCCUCUCCAGGUAAACAACCAUCCAACCCAAAGAAAGACAAGACACUGAGCACUUCUCUUGCAGCUGAGCAAUGAUCUGCUUCACUUUUAAUCCACAUGUAAGACGGCACUUUAAAUUGAGUCAGUAAACCGAGGGAGUCUGUAGGGCUUAACUGAAAAGUUCAUUUUAUGUGUUUGAAAAGUUUAUGAUGUAACUCUGGCUUAGAGAGUGGAAAGUUCCCUUUGUCUGAUUGAGAGACGCUCAAAGAUGGCAGGUUUUCUGCAGUUGCAUCGUAAGACCACUAACUGUCACUUUUGUAUCAGAAUUGCCAAAACCAGUUCCAUUCAGCUGAUAAACUUUUAAAACUGUAUUUCACACUAGAUGGCACUCUUUUCUUUUGGAAAAUGGAAUAUGGGAAUAAGACUGCUCUCGACCCAUUUUGUUUUAUUAAUGUGUUAUUUUUAUAUUUUAUUUAAAUGUUCCGUUGUGUUACUUUUACAGCUGAUGUUCUUAAACUGACAAUACUCUAUACGUUGUCUUUUGUAUUCAUAUUUAUGCAUUUUUAUAUAUAACCUUGGGACACUAGUGAAUUAAUGGAGUUAUAAUGAAGUGUUGGGCUCAUUUGAUAUGUAGAGAAGAGUAUUGUUUUACUGAAAAGUGGCUUUAUUUGUUCUUACAACAUGUCGCUGUAGCAUCUUACUGUACAUACAACAGUCACCCACAAUAAUAAAUACUAUUUAAAGUAAUGUAUAUUUAAUAGUUACAGCACCGGCGGUACACAGUGGAUGUGGUCAUUAAUGAUUGAAAAACCAAAAAAAUAAAAAUAAACUUUUUCUAAUUUCUUUAUGAA